UUUAUUGAAUAAAUGUUAAAUACAUACAUACACGACUAAACAGCCUACAAAGUGACGCGACAUUCUACAUAAUUUCACUAAUAAAUUCAAUCGUGUCAAACGUUUAAUUCACCCAAAAUAAAGUGGUAAUAAAUAAUUACCGUGUGGAAUCAGUACAUAUGAUCGUCGUACCCCGAUAAUUCCGAGUGGUAACAAUCAUUUACGCAAGCUUUAAAUUUAUUACCGUCUGGUUUCCAAAGAAUAUUUAUGAGCCAUAUUCUAACCAUCGCGGUACACUGUUAAAAAUCUGGUAGAGUCGCAUACUCCGUGUUGAUAUUGAUUUGGUAAUAAUUUCCUACCGGAUUGGUAGUAAAUUGUUCCUGAGUUGUAAAUUUUUCAUUACCACAACAUUACUGAAAGGUAAUCCCUGUUAAUAUCUAGAGUCACAUAUGUGCUCCGAUCGGUAAUGAUUUAGUACCCGUUUUAUUCAUAAGAGCGUGAAACGUUAAACCUAUUCCAUUCGAAAACGUUUUUUUUUGCUACCACGUUAUUUUGAGUGGGUCUCUUAUCUUACUGGAUACACAAUCAAAUUUAAAAUUAGAGUGCAAGUUUAGCUAAUGGGGCGAAUAAGAAUCCGGACGUUUGUGUGGAGUUCGUCAUCCUCGAGUGAAAAUGAUGAUUCGUCAUUCGGCACAAUUUUUCUUAUCUUGUUGGCCGCCGUAUUUGCCACAGUUUUUCUAAUCGUACUUUGUUGCCUUAUUCACAAAGUUAUCACAGAUUGCAAAGGAGAUCGUGAACGGAAGCGUCGUAUUAAACAAAGAGAUGCCUUAUUGCAGUCUGGGAAUAAUGUCGAACUGACAGUGCUAACCGAGCAGGAAGAUUCCUCUAGAAAAUUUGUCCUUGUUGGUUCUCCACAUUAGAAAGAAUUUAAAUUGUUAAUAAAAUUUGAAGGAAAUA